UACGUACGUACUUCAUGAUCCCAUGAUCUAGAAUACUUCAGUCGAGAUUAUAAUACAAUAGUACCUUGAAACGCUGAGAAAAAUCUUGAAGUACGAGCGCAUAAAGUUCAGUCAAGUUCAGUGUUAAGUUCAGUCGUUUACGUUCAAGGUCAGACACUGUCUACGACUUCUAACUUCUAAGGCACAAGGUAUGCGUUUAUGGGAGAUAUUCGCAGAAAUAUUGUCGCUUUAUUGCCUGUGCUUUGUUGCCUCGUGCCCUGUCAGUACUAAGCGCGCUUACAUGGAUCAUACGGUUGCUAAUACAACCAUUAACCCUCAGGAAAAAGUACGGCGAUAUCUGGAUGAAGUGGUAGCCUUAUCCGGUGGUAACCACGGAAUAAUUGUGAUGAAAAACAUGUCGAAACCUCGGCCGUACUUUCCGGCCACCAUUCGACCAGAUGAUAUUGUGAUAAGGAUGUCACAAGGCAUAGACAUAGUUUUACAAUGCCGCUCCAUUGGGACCGGUCCAUUGUCGCCAACUCCGCUUAUUCGCUUCAAUGGAAAGCUACUGAAUUUUACGCAUGCCUUCUUGAACGAUUGGCGGGAAAAGACUUAUCGCUGCUGCAACCCUGAGUCCCGCUUUAAAGCACCCCCGGCAGACAGUAUGCAAGUCAUCAAACCAAAAGACUAUAACACAACAGGCCACUUUCAAAUUAAACUGACCGAGUUUUCUCAUUCCCAUGCUGGUACAUACGAAUGUCUGAGGGCAGACGGCAAUAACUUUACCGUAACCCAACGCUUCGUAAUCAGCCCUCGAUUAUUUCCGAACCAGGUACUUGAUCCCCCAAUGGGCAACGUUACCGCUAAAGUUGGGGAGGAAGCUAGCUUGCGUUGCUCAGUGAGGUACAACAACAAUCCGCUACUACACUGGGAGUAUGGCAGGCGAUUUAUUUGGCGCAAGGAUCAGCAUCUGUUAUUUGCCACUGGCAUACCAGCGUUUAAAGAGGCGGAGAUUGGUGGUGCUAUGCACAGUGGAACUUCUGCGGAUUGCCAUUGCCACUCUACGCUAGUGUUUAACAAGGUCACCAAAGGUGACGCUGGACAGUACCAGUGCUUUUUUAAAAUAGACGACGUAUUCGAUGAAUGGGUCAUGGGGUAUGGGUAUCUGCAUGUGGUUGAGUAAUGAUUGAUGUACGGACAGGCUCGUAGUUACACGACAGACGAAUCAGUCCCCGGCAAAACCAAUUACCUAUCAGUACGGCAACAGCAACCGUCUACGAGUGACUGUUGUGUAUGUUUACGUGACAUGCAAUCGCCAUCGUCUGGCUUUUAUUUAUAUUGUUUGACUGACCUUUAGGAUAAUGUCAAAAAUUGUCAAACCAAAAGCACUCGACUUUGGUUGUAUGUACAAGA